AUGCCGCUCAACAUCCAUAAUCCUCUGCCCGCUUCCAUGCGGAGCGAGUGCAAGAAAGCAGGCAGAAUCUUGGCUUCAUUCGUCGACCCAAGACAGUCAUUCGGUCCGGACAAAGUGAUCCCGCCGUCCGUGCUCUCAAAUGCAAAGGGUCUGGCAGUGAUCACGGUCUUCAAAGCGGGCUUCUUAGGCUCAGGACGAUUCGGAUCCGGCAUCGUCGUUGCGCGACUGUCCGAUGGCACAUGGUCGGCACCUUCAGCGAUCGGUACUAUCGGUGGUGGUUUCGGUGGCCAGAUCGGUUUCGAGCUGACGGACUUCGUCUUCAUUCUGAACGACUACAACGCAGUCAAGACCUUCUCACAGGCAGCAUCUGUGACACUAGGCGGUAACGUCAGUAUUGCCGCUGGACCGGUCGGCCGAAAUGCCGAAGCUGCGGGUGCCGCCAGCAUGAAAGGUGUGGCUGGAGUCUUCGCAUACAGCAAGACCAAAGGAGCCUUCGCAGGUGUCAGUCUGGAAGGCUCGGUACUCAUCGAGAGGCGCGAUGCGAAUCAGAAGAUGUACAAUGGGAGAAUAACGGCAAGGCAAUUACUCGAAGGCGCAAUCCGCCCUCCGCCGUCUGCAGACCCUCUGAUGAACGUCCUCAACACCCGUGUGUUCUCGGGCAAUGCAGCAGGCGCCGACAGCAUGUAUAACGACAUUCCUGUCUACGAUGACAACCGCGACAACGUCGUUUGGGAGGGCAGGUCUGGCGAUGCGUAUGGCGCUGGUGUUCGCACCAACAGAAGCAAUACUGUUGGCUCGCGAAACGGCGAAGACGAGUAUGAGUAUAGGGACAAUCCAAAGCGUGCCAAUACAUGGCAGGACGAUGUAUACGACCAGGGCUUCAACUCACCGCAGCGGACUGGAACUGGGACGUUCGGCUCAAGGGCCAAUCCUUCAGAAACCUUCGAUAACAUGGGGAACAGGAGGAGCCGAGCAAGCACUUUGCAGAAUGACUACACUGGUAAUAGCUUUGGCGACAAGCCUGCACGACCUACUGCUCCGAAGCCAAUCUUUCGUCAGAAAACUGGUUUGGGCGAUCUGAAAUCAGAUCAAGCGGUGGCCCUCUUCACGUUUGAGGGCGAGCAGGACGGAGAUCUGUCCUUCAAGAAGAACGACAUCAUAACGAUUACGAAACGAACAGAGAACAAGUCAGACUGGUGGACGGGGCGUAGCGAGGAUGGUAGAGUCGGUAUCUUCCCUUCAAAUUAUGUCGAGGCUGCAUCUUAG